UCUUGAGUAUAUGGCUAACGUAUAAUCGCGUUAAAAAUGAUAGUGAACAGUUCUUAGACAAAAAUAUGUUGUAAAAAAUCAAAAAGAACAAUUUAUUUGAUAUUAUACAUUCUUAUAUUAAAAACCGUCAAUCAGUGAAAUUUGGAUAACAAUAAUUUCAACUCACAAAAUCAAACAAGGGUUGUUCUUUUGUUGAAGAUUCACAGUGAAUUGUUGAAUAUCGUGCAGCAUUUCAAAGAAUUGCCGGAAUCUCAAAACUCACUUACAGACUCCAAGGUGAUCACAUAUAAACCUUAAAACAGCUGCACAAUGAAAACAGAAAAAUCCAACAACCAUGAAACACAAAUCAUUAAAGAUCCAUUUCUCAAAAUCAUGGAACAAGCUGGAUGUGAUGGAAAGUUUUACACAGUCUACAAAUGGGUUUUCAUAUUGGGCUUGUCCGCCUUUGGAGCAAUGAUUUAUAUGAAUAUAUUUCUGGCCUUGGAUGAACCCGACCAUUGGUGUAAUGUUCCAGGAAGGGAUCAAACCAAUUUGACAUUGGACCAAUGGAGAGAUCUAACAUUGCCAAAAGAACUAGAUAAUAGAAAUGUGAUGACAUUCAGCAAAUGUCAGAUGUACGAUAAAAAUUUCACGACAUUGGAGAAUUAUAGUGGAUUCAAUGAUACUAAUCUGGCAACCAAGGAUUGUUCUAAUGGUUAUAUUUACGAUAAAACAUGGUACGAGACUACGAUAACAACCCAGGAAGACUGGGUCUGCGAAAAGGAGCUGUAUGUUACAAAUACGUUUGUAUUCAAUCGCAUUUCCGAGGUUGUUGGUGCAUUGUUCCUGGGCCAGUUGGGUGACGCAUAUGGUCGUCGUUUUGUUUACUACAUUGGCGUUGUGUUAUCAACAGUUGGAAGAUUCGUGUGCAUAUUUACUCCUUCUUCAUUUACGAUGUUUGUGCUAACAUCCAGUUUGGCAGCACUCACUGUAAAUAGUUUAUUUCAGUCUCCUGCAGUGAUUGCAAUGGAAAUUUCAGGCGAAGAUGAAAGAUCAAAUAUUGCAAUGUAUCAAAGUGUUGGAUGGUUCCUGGGGACAACAUUCAUGCCCUUUUUCUACUGGUGGCUUAGAGAUUGGAUUCCAUUCCUUUGUAUAACAACUCUACCAACUGCAUUAGUGCUAUUUUUUUACAAGUACGCUAUAGAAUCACCUAGAUGGCUGAUUAGCAAACGACGCUUCGCAGACGCUUUGGUACAGCUCAAAAGAAUUGCAUAUUUGAAUAGAAGAAGCAUCACAAUCACCGAAAAAGAAUUAGUUGAGCUAUAUGGAAAUUUAGAGGAGGAGAAGGUCAUUGGUGUGGCAUCCCUAUUCAGUGGGUGGCGUAUAGCCAAAAAUACAAUCAUCAUGGGAUUCAGUUGGUGCGUGCUAGCAAUUUCGUACUUUACGUUGGUAUUAUUUAGCUCACGUAUGGGAGGAAAUCCGUUUUUGAAUUUUUCACUACAAAAUUUUGUGGAACUUCCUGCGUGUAUUGUUGGCAAAUAUUUGGGUGACAGAUAUGGUCGUCGACUCACUAACAGCAUUUCAUAUUUGAUAUGUUUCUUUGCCUGUUUUCCAGUCAUAGUCUUGUUUCAAGAUUCAGAAUACAAAUACUUGAUGACGCUAAUAGCUGCCUUCAUAAAAUUCCUCACUGCUGUUGUAUAUUUUCUGCUAAGUUUACAAUCUGUAGAAAUCUAUCCAACAUGUUUGCGUCAAACAGGCAUUGCUUUAGGUACAAUUUUGUACAAUUCCGUGGGAGUAUUAGCUCCAUAUUUAGUGCAUUUAGGUACAAAAUAUGAUAUACGAUACCCGUAUUUGAUAUUGGGCUUAAUGUUUUUGGUUGCUGGAGUAAGUGGGUUCUUUUUACCUGAGACGUUACACAAUAGGCUUCCAGAUACGCUGGAAGAAGCAAAAGCAUUUGGAAAGAAUCAGAAAUUCUUUAGCUUACCAAAGCCGCGUUGCCAUCAUAGCUCUGAGGACGAAAAACUUAAUCAAACCAAAUACGCGCCAUAAAAUACUUUGUUUGUAAAUAAACAAAAAUGCAUUGGUUUCUGAGUUAAGAAUUUAUUUUUUGUAACAAAAAAAAACAGGAUUUUGAAAUUGAAAUUUUUCUUUAAGAAAAAAUUAAAUUAAUGUAAAUAAAAUGCAUGACUAGGUCAAAAACGUUCAAA